AUGCACCGAAGUGCCCUCGGUGGGUUGGGGGCAUACAACCGCCCCACCACCGAACUCCCUCCAACACUCCCCCUUGCACCCAACCCACUAGGGGGUGGGCGCGUCCGCCAAGGUGCGAGUGGAGGCGAGGGGCCUGCCAAGCCAAUCACCCCUUACAUUGCUCCCAUUCUCUACCCAUACCCUCCCUUCCCUCGCAGCGUUGGCGUCUCUUUCCCCGGAGUGGAGGUGCGCUUUGAGGGGGUGAGCGCGUCUGCCAAGGUGCAAGUGGGGAAGAGGGGCCUGCCUACGCUGCCCAACCAGGUCUCGAAUACUGUCGGCGCAGUGCUGAGGGAGUUGCGGCUACUCAAGGACCAGCGCCGCCUCUUCUUCGCUCUUGACGGCUGCUCUGGCAUCCUCAAGCCUGGCAGGUUGACGCUGCUGCUGGGGCCGCCAGGCAGCGGCAAGUCAACGCUGCUGAGGAUCCUGGCAGGGAAGGCGGAGAGGGAGCUGGGCGUGCAGGGCGAGGUAACGUACAACGGCCGUCGGGGGAGCCACUUUGUGCUGCCGCGCUCCGUGGCGUUUGUGCCUCAGACGGACUCCCACAUCGGCGAGAUGACUGUCCGCGAGACCCUCGAGUUCUCGGCUCGCCUGCAGGGGCCGGGUCACAGGUCAGACCUGUUUCGGCAGCUGGAGGAGAAAGAGCAGGAGGCAGGAGUCCAGCCCGAUGACGUCAUGCAAGCCGUUAUGAAGGCAAUGGCGGAUGGGAGGCAGUGCUCCGAUGUUGUGGUGCAGUACGUCCUUAAGAUGCUCGGCCUGGACGUGUGUGCUGAUACCAUGUUAGGAGACAGCAUGCGUAGAGGAGUCUCCGGAGGGCAGAAAAAGCGGGUUACCACCGCCGAAGCACUCCUGGGUGCAAAGCAAGUCCUCCUAUUGGACGAGAUUUCCACCGGUCUCGAUUCCGCCACCACUUACCAGAUCACCCGGUGCCUGCGCAACCUCACGCACUUAACUAAUACCACCACCCUCAUCUCCCUGCUGCAACCCGCGCCUGAAACCUUUGAGCUGUUUGAUGACGUCAUGUUGAUGUCAGAGGGGCGGAUUGUGUACCACGGGCCCAGGGAGGAGGUGCUGGGAUUCUUCCGGGAAAUGGGGUUUGCGCCGCCCGCCCGCAAGGGAGUGGCUGACUUCCUGCAAGAGGUCACCUCGCUAAAAGACCAGGAACAGUACUGGGACCCCUCCCAGCCGCACCCAUACCGUUACGUGUCCGUCCGAGCCUUUGAGGAGGCCUUCCGAGCCUCCAGGUUCGGCAAGCAGAUGGAAGCAGAGCUCUCGAUUUCAUUCGAGAAGGAUCGGGGUGCAGUCAAAGGCGAGAAUGAGGGGAAAGACGUGAAAGACAGGGGAGAGAGUGAGGGGAAGGACGUAGAAAACGGAAAAGAGAAGGGAGAGGGAGACAGAGAGGAUGGGAGCACGGCUCUUGCUCUUGCACAGAGGCGGUUUGGGCUCUCUCCCCUUGCCAUUCUCACCAUUGUGGGGGAUCGCGAGUGGCUGCUAAUGAAGCGGAAUGUGUUUCUUUACAUCGUGCAGACCAUGCAGAUCCUCCCCCUCGCUAUAGUCACAAUGUCAGUCUUCUGGCAUUCCCAAUUCUCCAUCACCCCUCUGGACGGCAAUUACUACCUGGGCGCCAUUUUCUUCGGUAUAAGCACGAUGCUAUUCAGCGGAAUAAUUGAGCUCACACUACUAACAGCCCGCCUGCCCAUCUACUUCCUCCAAAGGGACAACCUGUUGUUCCCCGCCUGGGCCUGGUGUGUGCCCAUGGCGCUGCUCUCUCUGCCCAUCUCGCUGUGGUCUGCCGGGGUGUGGACCACCAUCACCUACUAUGGCAUCGGCUUCGCUCCGGAGUUUUCCCGCUUCAUCACCCAACUUAUCCUCUUCUUCAUCACCCACAUGUCUGCCUCUGCUCUCUACCGAGCCAUGGGAGCAAUAUUCCGCAGCACCACGCUCAUCAACACGCUUGGCAACUUCAUCCUCGUCCUCCUCUUCCUGCUCUCAGGGUUCCUCAUCACCAAAGACGAUAUCCACACCGUGUGGGUGUGGGUGUACUGGAUCUCGCCCCUCACGUACUGCCAGAACGCCUUCUCUGCUAAUGAGUUCCUCGCCCCCAGAUGGGAUGUGCCCUCCGACCCCCCAUCGCUGAACACAGCAAUGGGCAUUCAGGUGCUCACAGCUCGCAACCUCUGGACGGAGGGCUAUUGGGUGUGGGCUGGUGCGGCAGUUGGUGUCGCCUUCACUCUCCUCUGCAUUCUGCUUACCAUCGUUGCACUGGAGUAUCUCAACCGGCGCAGCCAGGCGCAGCCAGUGAUCUCCCAGCAUCAACUAGACGCCCGGGAAGCAUCGCUAGCCGGCACCAAUUUGGAAUUUGCCUCACGCUACUCCUCCCUGUGCUCCCUCACGCUGAAUCACCCCUCGAUUCCUCAUUCUCCGUCUCCAACCACCCCCCUGCUCUUCCCCUUUUCCCCCUCCUUCCCCCCCCUCUCUCUCCUCUUCCCCCCAGCAUGGCCAAAGGCCCAGCCAGUGAUCUCCCAGCAUCAGCUAGAUGCCCGGGAAGCAUCUCUAGCCGGCACCAAUCUGGACUUCGCCUCACGCUACUCCUCCCUCCGCGCCCGCACGCUCUCCCGCACCGGCUCCACUGCCACGGCACGCUUCCUCGCCAGCAACCGCUUCCGCUCCCCCAAGAGCCUCGCCAGGCCUUCCGCUUCUGCCCGCUCGCUCGGAUUUUUUUCUUCGGGCAGACCGGCGCUUCGCUCCCGAGGUUUGGGGUCGUGGAUGUCUGAAGGAGAGGAUGGGGAAGGGGCGUAUGGUAGCCGUAGGAAUGGUAGGAGAAGCCGUAUAGGGUCGUUUCUGGGUUUUGGUGGUGUUUCUCCUGGUGGUGGUGGUGGUGCUGGUGGUGGUGCUGGUGCUGGUGCUGGUGCUGCUGUUGGUGCUGCUGGGAAAGUGGGUGAGAGUACGGGAGUCAGUGCAAUCAGCAGCACAGGCGGAAGGGGUAAGAAGCAGCGGCAGAGGAAAGCGGAUUCGUUUAUGAGUGACGGUGGGGUGGUGAGUGGAGUUAGCAGCACAGGAGGAGAGGAGAAGCAUCGGCAGAGGAAAGCAGUUUCGUACAUGAGUGAUGGGGGUGUGAGUGAUGGUGGUGCGGUGAGUGCAGUUAGUAUCACAGGAGGAGAGCAGAAGCAGCGGCAGCGUAAAGCAGUUUCGUUUUUGAGCGAUGGGGACGCGAGUAGCGGCACAGGAGGAGGAGGAGGGGAGGAGAAGCAGCGGCAGAGGAAACCAGUUUCAUACAUGAGCGACGGUGGGGUGGUGAGUGCAGUUAGCAGCCCAGGAGGAGAGGUUGGAAGAGGAGAAGCAAAGCAGCGGCAGAGGACAGCAGUUUCGUUCUUGAGUGAUGGGGAUGCGAGUGAGGGUGCAGGGGGCAUGACUGCGAGUGGAGGGGAUAUAGGCCAGCACGGCAUGGUCCUCCCCUUUGAUCCGCUCACCCUCUCCUUCCACAACGUCAACUACUAUGUCGAUAUGCCUGCGGAGCUAAAAGACAAAGCCGCGCCGCCUGGCGAGCGGCUGCAGCUGCUGCGCAAUGUGUCCGGCGUGUUUCGUCCCGGAGUGCUGACCGCCCUGAUGGGGGUGUCUGGGGCAGGGAAGACCACGCUAAUGGACGUGGAUAUUCACACGCCCCAGGUGACCGUGCAUGAGUCUCUCCUCUACUCCGCCUGGAUGCGCCUGCCUGAGGAGAUCGACCGCGAUGUCAUCCUGGAAUUCGUGGAGGAGGUGGAGGAGCUGGUGGAGUUGGAACCUGUGAAGGGAGCGCUGGUGGGGACGGCGGGGCAGGACGGGCUGUCGGUGGAGCAGAGGAAGCGGCUGACCAUCGCAGUGGAGCUCGUAGCCAACCCCGCCAUCAUCUUCAUGGAUGAACCCACCUCAGGGCUGGAUGCGAGGGCAGCGGCCAUAGUGAUGAGGGCGGUGCGCAACACAGUCAACACGGGCCGCACAGUCGUGUGCACCAUCCACCAGCCGUCCAUCGACAUCUUUGAGGCCUUUGAUGAGCUGCUGCUGAUGCAGCGGGGGGGAGAAGUCAUUUACGCGGGGUCACUGGGGGCACAGUCAUGCGACCUCAUUCGCUACUUCAAGGCCAUCCCAGGGGUGCAGCCAAUCCAGCCAGGGGCCAACCCGGCAGCGUGGAUGCUCGAGGUCACGGCCGCAGCAGCAGCAGAGAGGCUUGGCGUCGACUUUGCCCAGCUGUUCCGCCAGUCAGAGAAGUUCAGGGCCAUCGAGUCACUCAUCCAGGAAUCUAGCAUCCCACCCGAAGGCGAGCCGGACCUCUUCUUCCCAACGCAGCACCCCACCACGCCGCUCUCCCAGUUCGCGACCCAUCUGUGGAAGCGCCACCUCAUGUACUGGCGCAUGCCCGACUACAACGGCGCGCGCUUCUUCUUCUCCUUCAUCAUGGCUCUCCUCAUCGGCGGGGUCUUCUUUGGCUUCGGACACGCCCGCAACACACCGCAGCAGAUUGUGAACGUCAUGGGUGCGCUUUACACGGCUGCUCUCUUCCUCGGGUGGAGCAAUCUCACAUCAAUCCAGCCAAUGCUGGCCGUGGAAAGGAGUAUCUACUACCGGGAGCGGGGCGCCGGGAUGUAUGGAGCUAUCCCGUACGCGCUCGCGCAAGGGGUGAUCGAGUUGCCAUACCUGCUGAUUCAGGCUGUGGUGUACUCGUUAAUAACAUAUUCGAUGAUCCAGUUCGAAUGGACGCUCGGCAAGUUCCUGCUGUACCUGCUGUUCCAGUUCCUCACAUUGCUCUACUUCACGUGUUUCGGCAUGAUGACGAAUGCCAUCACGCCCGCUGAAGGGCUGGGAACGCUGCUCUCUGCCUUCAUCUACUCCUUCUGGAACCUUCUCUGCGGCUUUCUCCUGCCACAGCCAGUGAGUGCAGUGCUCGUUGCUAUCUGUUUUCGAGUGCUCGAUGACUGUAGCCAGUGA